AUGAACAUAACACGGCCAGCACGAUGCCUUUUAUGCAGUUUCACCCGUGCUGCCGCCCCGAGCACGCGAGUCCCUCGACGCCAAUUCCAUCCUACUCCCGCGACUCUCUCGAACCGGAAACCUAAGUUCCCCAAUAUUAAGGCUCAGGAUUACAAGCCUUACACGGAAGAGCAGAAGGCUGCGCUCGCCAAGGAGUACUCGGAGGCACAGAUGGCGGCCGUCGAAGCCGGCGAAGCCGCUAUCGACCCGAAGGAUCUGGCAGAACAGAUGAACGAACGCAAUGACCCCAUGUCAUUCAAAUACAUCGACGACUUCUCGGUGAUUGAGCCCGGUGUUGAUCGACACCAGCGCGCCCCGGAGUCGAACUCGGAUUACAAUUUCAAGCUGAAAAGCGAGGACGAUUUCGUGAAGGACUUUGGCCAGUUCAUCGCUGAGAUGCCUGAUAAUGCAACAGGUGCAGACUUCGUUCGGUGGGCGGACAACCUGCGCGUCACCCACGGCAAGGAGGAGAGCGAGCUGGCCCCGCACAGCGCACUUGUUCCGGACCUCUUCGGGCCUGGAGAGACCAUCGAUGAGCCCCGUGUGGAAGAGCGGAAGUCAGCCGCCGAGAAGGGCGAGAAGGAGCGGUCAGCGGAGGCCGAGGAAAUGACAGAUGCCCUCAAGAGCCUGCUCCUGGCUACGGGCUACACAGAGAGCCAGGUCAAGGGCCUCCGCACCAAGACCCUUGUUUCACACAGCGUCACCAACCAGACUCGACUAGGAAAGGUCCGCCGUGCAUACCGUCUCUCCAUUGCCGGUAACGGAAAUGGUCUGCUGGGUAUCGGUGAGGCCAAGUCUGAUGAAGCCUCCGACGCAAAGAUCCAGUCGCAAUACCGUGCAAUCCGAAACAUGCAGCCCAUUCCCCGCUACGAGAACCGAACCAUCUAUGGCGAUGUGAAGGGCAAGGUGGGAGCCACAGAGUUGCAGCUGAUGCACCGUCCACCAGGCUUCGGUCUCCGUGUCCAAUACCUCAUCUACGAGAUGUGCCGCGCCGCCGGUAUUCACGAUCUGUCCGCCCGAGUUGGUCGCUCAAGGAACCAGAUGAACACGGUCAAGGCCGCCUACGAGGCGCUCAUGACCCAGCGUAACCCCGAGCAGGUUGCCCACGCACUCGGCCGGAAGAUUGUCGAUGUGCGCAAGGUGUACUACGCAGGGAAGAUUUAG